AGCCCCGCCCUCUACCCUGUGACGUGUCGCACGUUCUCCUUCGGAUCAGGAAGAGGUUUAUCCUACUGUAUAAUCUGCAAAUAUAAACAUCGUGUGACAGGACGACCACGCCAAAAAAAUCUCAAACAAAUAAAUUAACCCUGUUUUUCAAAGGGGCCACUUAAAGAAUAGACCUCCGGGACCAGCCUCUACUGUAGCCUGCUGGGUCUUUGGAGAGCCAUCUCUGGAGGACUGUGUUCCCUGAACCGAAUGACAACAGUGAGGUCCACAGCGUCGCGGUUCGGUGAGCACAUUGGCUUGGGACGAGGGUCUCAUCACUGAGCUCCGGGUCUGGUGGUCUCCUGACAAAUGCCUGGCGCAGGAUGGGGAAAACGCAGCAACUAGACAUGGAGGUGAUGACACCACUGAUCGAGAGCCCUGUCCAGGGCUCGGAGGAGAACUCGGAUGAGGACCACGAACUGCUCCCUCCUCCACAGCAUGAGCAGGACAACGGCAGGGGCCUCUCGUUCAGCCAAGCACUCAUCCACCUGCUGAAGGGGAACCUGGGCACGGGCCUCCUAGGCCUGCCUCUGGCCAUUCACAAUGCAGGCAUAAUUGCGGGACCCAUUUGUCUUGUGCUGAUGGGGGUCGUGUGCGUGCACUGUAUGCAUAUCCUGGUCCACUGCAGUCAUCAGUUAUGCGAGAGGUUGAAGAGACCGUCCAUGAGCUACAGCGACACCGUGGCCUUUGCUAUGGAGCACAGCUCCUACCAGUGCUUCAAAAAGACCGCCGGCCUUGGCAGGCAUGUAGUCAACUUCUUCCUGGUGCUGACACAGCUGGGCUUCUGCAGCACAUACAUCGUUUUCCUGGCGGAGAACAUCAAGCAGGUGGUGGAGGGAUACCAGGAGAACAGCACGCUGGCCAGCACCUUUCCCCUGGCCCUGACCAACGUCACGGCCACGCCGGUGCCCAGCGCCCAGUUGGUGGCUGACCCGACGGGGGCUGCCCCCACGGGGGGCUGGGACCUAGACCUGCGCCUCUACAUGCUCUUCUCCCUGCCCUUCCUCAUCGUUCUGGUCUUCCUGAAGGAGCUGCGCAACAUGGCCGUGCUGUGCUUCCUGGCCAACGUGUGCAUGGCCGUCAGCGUGGUGAUCAUCUUCCUCUACAUCCUAAGCGAUUUCGGAGACGCCCGGCACAUCCCCCUGACGGCGCCUGUGGGCAGAUUCCCUUUUUUCUUUGGAACGGCCAUUUUCGCCUUUGAAGGGAUUGGAGUGGUGCUGCCCUUGGAGAACCAGAUGAGGGAUCCCAAGCGCUUCCCCAUGGCCCUGAACAUCGGCAUGGGCAUCGUGACCGUCCUCUACGUGACCUUGGGGACACUGGGCUACCUCCACUUUGGCGACAGCAUUAAAGGCAGCAUCACUCUGAACCUGCCGCACGAUGCCUGGACCAAUCAGCUGGUGAAGAUCCUGUACUCGUUUGGCGUGUUCGUCAGUUUCGCCAUCCAGUUCUUCGUGCCGGCGGAGAUCCUGCUGCCCCCGCUGUGCGCCCGCCUGCCAGAGUCCUGGAGGGGCAUCUGUGAGAUGCUGCUCCGAGGCCUGCUCGUCUGCCUGACAUUGUCCUGGGCAGUGCUCAUCCCUCGCCUGGACCUGGUGAUCUCCCUGGUGGGCGCGGUGAGCAGCAGCGCCCUGGCCCUCAUCUUCCCGCCGCUCAUCGAGCUGGUCACCUACUCGGACCGCCGGCAGGUGUCCCGCCCCAUGCUGGCCAAGAACCUGCUCAUCGCCUCGGUGGGCUUCAUUGGCUUCCUGACCGGCACCUACGUCACCGUGGCCGAGAUCGUGUCCCCCAGCGGGGACCCGGGGCCGGCCGGGGAGGAGCAGCAGGCGCUGGCCGCCCUGGCCGCCGUCACUCAGGCCUUCAACCUGACAGACGGCAUCCGGUGACCGGGGGGGAAGGGGGGGGAGAUUGCCGCUCUACCUCUGGGGGCCCCCGGAGCGAUGAGGUCCAUGGGGGUGGUGAACCCUCGACCCGACCAUUCCUUUUUCCACGCCCUUAUCCUCACCUCAAACCGCCUGACUCCACUCCACUCCGCCGGGGCUUCUCUGUGGCGUCCUUCAGCCGCAGCAGCCCCAUUGAAGCGAGUCAUUCCCAAAGCCAGGUACCCCCCGCCUCCCCCCCCCCCCAUUGACCCUUAGCCACACAGCAAGACUAAGGACAAUCAGGCAUUCCCUCUGGGUCCUGGUUUGAGAUUGACCGUGGGGCUUUGUUCGGGAAGCCCAGUCCCAUCAGAUGAUUGCAGUAGGAGACUCUGGCGUCGGGUGUCACUUGGGACCAAGGAUACCGCUGAUGGGGAACAAGUCCUUCGGUUGGGACAAAGGGACCCGCAAAAAUGACAACUAUACACGUCGGUCUCUAAUGGAGCAAUGUGCAAAGAAAAUGGUGAAGAGAUUAUUUGUUAUUAGAAGAUGAAGAAUGGUACAUGUUAACGCAGAUUAAUUAACACACACUCACAACUAGACACAAACACAGGGGUGAUACUAAUAAACAGCAUUAUGGAGCAUAAUAUUGGUCAGCAUUUGAAUGCAUUGCUUGUAGUAAUCAGAUGUGGGAGAAUGUGUGACAUUUCCAAAAGCCUUUUUUAAGCCAAUCCAAUAUCCCACGUUUUAUUUGGAAAGGAGGCAAAAUAUUCACAUACCAAGUAAUUUAGUUAACAUAUAAAGGUUGUAUGCCACGUUGUAUAAUCUAGACUAUUUUCUCACAUCAACCUUUUCCCCCUUGACAACCUACACCCACCCUAGCUUGCUGCAAAAAAAAUGCAAAACAAAACAUAGCAACAGUGUAAUAGCUGCUCUCAAAAGGCAGAGGCACUUUUCUUCUGACAGAUGCUCCUGUGUGUAUGUGAGUUUGUUUCUUUCACGCAUAAAGUUUUUCAUCAGAGAAACAGGUGCUGGAGCAGGUGCGCUGUGCAAGGGCGAACGGAGGGAGAAAGGAGACUGAAAGCAUCCAAUAACUGGUAAACCGAUGAUUCAAGUCACUAAUGUCAGCCUUUUCCAAGUCCUGCUGCGUGAAUUCAUUCCAAUGAAUCACUAGGUUAGGUUUACUGUAGGUUGAAUAAAUAAAAUCUUCAAGGGCCUCAAAAAGCGCUGGCUGCUGAGGAGACGUAGUGGAGCCGUGUCUGGGGAUAUAUAGCGCUCUGGAGUCCAGAGGAAGUGCUUGAGAAAAAGCCGCUGAGCAUUUGCUUUCUAAAAUGAAACUGAUUUAUUUAACCUCACUCAAGUCCUCCACAAAUCCGUGUUCAUGAAUUAUGUUACGAUCUUUCGUGCCAUCCAUUUCCCCCGAGAAACACGCAUGGAGAUUUGUUGUCAGCCGACGGUACGAGUGUUCGAUGCCAGAGCUGUGAGAGACAGUGGUAACAUUGAUCGUGUUUGUGAAAUAAUAGUGACAGAGCGAUAGCGUUUCCUCCUUCCAUGCAUCACGCUGCUGUUCACCAGGGUGCUCCGUGCGAUAGAGUUCUCCACGCCGUGGCCCUGAAGUGCAGUCAAUUCGUCCCAAAGGCUAUUCAUGGAUAAUACGGGACAUGCAUUAAUUUCCAUUUUCUAAGGUUCAAUGUGGCCAAUAAAAAAAAUAGGCACAGCGGUGAAUUUAUGAUGCAAUUUUCCGGUACCCGUCCAGCGAAAAAAUCAAACUCCCGUCACAUAACCCUCAUCAGUAGUUUCACCGACCUUUGUUUGACACCCGCAAUCAGACCCCCCGUCCCCAAAACGGUAUUGUCAUCAUUUGUGAUGCGUCCGUGUCAUUGUGAGCCAUGGCUCGCUCCGCUGUAUGGAGCUGGGCACAGCGUGAUGCAUGCAAACGAGCUAUGAUGUUCAUUUGAAGGUAUUCCAAGAUCCAGUGUUAAUGACAGCCUUCUAAUAGUUUUAACCUGGAUUGAUUUGUAAUUUGCACAUUGUGUUUUUUUCCCUUUGACACAAUUGAUUUCAUGUUUUUCACAUAUUUGAUGUGUGUGUGUUGUGCCUUACUGUUUACACAUAACUGAAGAGAUUAUAGGUAAAGUUAAGAGUCAAAUUCAUGAAUUGAUAUGUACAGCGCUGUACCAUAUGAUAGUUCACUGCUUCACUGUGGUGGAAACCAAGGAAAUUUCUUACAGACGCAAGUUUGACAAACCGAGAUUAUUCCUCGGCUUUUGCAGAAGGAACAUUCAUCUUCAUGACAGUCGUUGGGGAAACAUCUCUAUAGAUACAGAUAUCUAAUGAUAUCUGUAUCAUUCCCUGGCAAAGAAGUACCAUGACAACUGUUAUUUUCUCUGAUUUGGGUUUUGUGAAAUAUUAUUUAUCCAAGCUAUUACUCAUUAUGUUGUCAUUAGGAUUCAAGUAAAUUGAUUAAAAAAUAUAUAUAUAUCACUGAAA